AUCAGCACCACCUUCUCUGUCCUCCAUUUAUAUUCUCCUCUUCCCACCCAUUGAUUCUCCGCCAAAUCCUUCCAUCAUUUGUUUAAGUCGUCACACAGCUAUGCAGCAGGCAAUCUCUUACAAGUCAUGGCUACCGAUCCACACGGCCGACACCAUAAACCGAUCGGCGAUCUCCCGGACGUCCUCGGGCCAGAGCAACGCAGGGGAUGAGCCUGUGAAGGGGUCGGCGGAGGACGUGCGGGAGGUGGUCAGAGAGAAUGCGGUGAUAGUGUUCGGGAGGCGCGGGUGCUGCAUGACCCACGUGGUCAAGCGGCUGCUGCUGGGGCUCGGGGUCAACCCUCCGGUGCAUGAGGUCGAUGAGAAGGACGAGGUGAGGACGGUCGAGGAACUUCAGGGUAUCGGCGGCGGGGGUGAUGGGCGGGUCCAGUUCCCCGCGGUGUUCAUCGGGGGGAGGUUGUUCGGGGGAUUGGAUCGGGUCAUGGCGACACAUAUUACUGGCGAAUUGGUCCCUAUACUGAAGGAAGCUGGGGCGUUGUGGCUCUGAUCCAUUAUUAGAAAUUAGUCCUUUUUCUUUUUCCUCCUCCCAUUUUCAUUUUUCAUCAUUGAACCAGAGAGAGGUUUACUUGUUCUCUUUUUUUUUUUAAUAAUUUGUACUUAGGAUUUGAAUGGAGUAAGUAUAUAUAUAUAUAUAUAUAUAUAUAUAUAUUUGGUAUUUCAUCCAAAAAAAGUUACCCUCGACAGCUGUCUUGGCUGUCUCUCUCUUUUUUUCUUUUUUUUCCCUCCAUUUCUUCUUUUCGUGGCAACACGAGAUAUAUUCAAUUUAUUGAUCGAAAAUUAUAUUAAAAAUCCAGCACUGCUCGUAAAAUUUGAAUACUGACUGUACAAUUUGCGGGUCGUUAUCUGUGUCUUUCUCUCGCAUUCCCACAGCUUCUACAAGCAUUGCACAGGAACUUACCUAAAGAUGAAUCACAUGGCACCAACUACCUUACCUACCUUUUACCAGCUUUCAUUUGAUGACUUACUUAUCCAGUUUCUGCUUAGUCAAUCCCUUCUUCUACCUUGGAUCAGAUCUCACAUGUUCGUGUAAUUAGGUUACUAUUAUGUAACCAGAUCAUCGGCUUCGGGGAGAAUGUGCUACCCAGAAUGCAAUGGUAUAGGAUGUACUAAUCGACGUUUCUUAUAUACACCGGAUACGUUCUAUUUC